AUGACAACCUAUUCAACCUUACCACCGAAUAGCUAUUUAAAGCUUGGCUCACAGGGAAAUUUACACCAGUCCACAAACUAUGGAACUUAUAAUGGUGAGAUUUCAUCUCGCUCUUAUAAACAGCCACCAUCGGUUGGAGAUUAUUCCAGUCAACAGCAACCACUUCGUACAAUACACUUGAAUGAACAACAACACUCUUCCAAUUACUCACAACUUCCGCAAACUACGAAUUAUGGACCUACGAGUAAAUAUUCGUCAACGUAUUCAUCAAUACAGCAACAAAAUCCUCCUUACGCCAAUACUAAUAUAGGAUCAAAAUACAAUAACAACCAUGUUCAAAAUGACGGAUUUACGACAGUCACACGAAAACUCCCAUUGGACAAUCAGCAUGAUAAACGAGAUGAUACGUUUAAUGAACCACAAGUAACUCGUAGUCAACAAAUAAAUGUCGCUCAUUCAGAACAACAAAUUUCGAAUCGUGAUCGCUCGAAAUCACGUUCGAAAUCGCGUUCAAAAUCACAACCUCGCCGUUCACCGAUCAAUGAUGCUGGUAAUGAGAAUAGUCAGAAUAAUUUUGAAUUGAAACCGACUAAGUCAAGCAUGAUGAGAGCGGCAGCUAUUAAUAAAAAAUUGGCUAUAAAACAAAAAAAAGAAAAACUUAUGUCAAAGAAAAUGGAAGUAAAAGUACCUCAAAGGUCAGACCGAAUUCGGAAUAAUGCAGAAAAUGGCAUGAAAGACAGUGAAAAAGUCUUAACUUCUAAGAAUAAUCCAGACAGAGCGAAAAAGGACACUAUAAAACCAAGUGUUACUCAAUCAAGAAAGAGUCGAAAAGACGACUAUUAUCCAACAGAUCAUGUGGAAAGCUCCAUGGACGAAGGUGAAUAUUUAACACAUCAGAAACAAAAAAAUGGCACAAAUAGCAAGGAGAGGCGGACGCCGUUCAAUCAUGAACCACAUCACCCUGCUGCCCCAAUGAAAAACGGUUCCUUACCACCUCUACGCCGUAGAUAUCCACACGAUUACAAUUAUCACGAUCAUCCCUUCCAUCGUCAUCCUUUUGAUGAUUACGAUUACCACAGACGUCCGUACGAUCGAGUAUUUCCGCAUCCGCAUCCGCAUCCUUAUCCAUCACCAUACGGUUAUCGAGGACAUCAUCCAUAUUAUCAUGAUAUUCCGCCUUAUUUACCCUAUGAACGCGAUCCGUACGAUUCCUUCUUUGAUUUUGAAAAACGAUCGAAAUCGAAACGUUCAAAAUCCAAACAUCGAUAUGACGAGGAUCAACUACACCAUCCUCAUGCUCCUUUAAACAAUGACAGAAAACACGACUCAGAGACUUUGGACGGUGCAACGUCAAAAAGUCGUAAUAAAAGUCGAAAAAGUGACAAAGAUGGUACAAUAAGUCGAAAAAGCAAUAAAACAACUACGCGUCAAGAAGAUGAAUAUCGUCGAAGGGAAUGGGAAGGACAUUAUAUGCCAUAUUAUGGCGAGAAUGAUAUGCUUGAAGUGUGGAGAAAAGAGCGAAAUGAUUAUUUAAAGAGAAAAUUCAAACCUACUAUACACGAUGUUUUAUAUUCUCAGCAAUGGAUGAAAUCAGAUAGCUAUUUGGAAAAUCAGCGGCGACGAGCAGUAAGAGAUGCACAAGGAUACUAUUUUCCCUAUCGAAAAUAUACAUUGAAAGAUUACAAGGAUUUACAAAAAGCUGAUCAUCAAAAUCCAUUUUCGUCGGUAAAUGAAACAGUAAUUGAUCGUAAACAACGUGCAAAGAAGAGAAUAGAGUAUGGAACACAAAUAGAAAAAUCAAUGGUUGAAAAUCCAUCAAGACAUCGAUUUUAUAAUAAGGAAGACGAAACACCAAGAAAACCAUGGCAUUUGACGAGUGGAGAUGCUAAUGAAGCGGAGAAAUCAAAACGAGAACGAGCUCUUGAGUACUCCAAAAACCGAGUAAUCAAACCAAAAACAACUCCAAAAUCCGAAAAUGAUAAUGCAUUUUUUGUUGAUGGGGACGAUGAUGUUUCACUAAAUGAAAAUACCGGUAAAUUAAAUCAAACAGAAUACGACGAACAACAAUGA